GUGUGUUUAAACUUAUCGCAAAUUGUAACGUGCUGCGUGUAUGCGUCAUACCCAUGUGUUUUUAGCCUCUACCAGUUGUGGAAAAACAUGAAUUUGGAACACGUAGGAUCCAUAACAUCUGUAGAAACAUCUGGCGACCUGCCAUGCAACGGAAGGAAAAGGAAGCGCGUCGCCCCCGCCGAGGCGCCCGGUGGGUCCAAGAGACUAAAGGCCGCGCCGGAGGCCGAUGACCCGCCGGCGCGCGGACGCUCGCCGGGCGUCUCCGUGCUGCCCGACCGCCUCCAACGAGCCGUCACGGCCGGCGAGCUGACGGAGCUGCUGCACUACGCCGCUCUGGGGAGAGCGGGCGGCGUUAAGCAGCCCAGCUGGUGUCGUCUCCACCGCCAGAGGAGGGUCAAAGCGGUGAACGUGGUGAUCGUGGAGGGGCUGACGCAGGCCGACUUUUACAAACACUACCUCGCCCUGCGGCACCUCCGGACCAGCUACUCCACCAGGGUGACCUUCACGCCACCGCCCGGCGACCUGGCGUCAGGCAUCUUCAGCGGGGAGGUUCCGGAAACGGCCGCUCCGUCCGUCAGCGGGAGCUGCACUUUGCACAAAGCACUGAUGACCCACCCAGUGAUCACCAAGUUCGGGACACAGAGGAGAGGACUGACGGCGUACGUUCUCACCGAGGAGGAGAUGAUCAGGAGACGCUACCCUGUCAAAGGAUUGCCGGGCUUCGAGGAGUUUGUGUGCACAGACUGCGCUGACGGCGUGACGGACGGCAGCCCUCUGUACGGGGUCGACUGUGAGAUGGUUCACACAGUAAGAGGGUACGAGUUGGCUCGCGUCUCUCUGGUGGACAGCGAUGGGAACUGUCUGCUGGACGAACUGGUGAAACCUCAUUACCGGAUACUCAACUACCUCACCAGGUUCUCUGGUAUAACCAGUGCGAUGUUGCGACCAGUCACAACGAGCCUGCGUGAAGUUCAGGUGAAGCUCAGGAAGUUGUUGCCGAGCAACGCGGUGCUGGUGGGACACGCACUGGAAAACGACCUCACGGCGUUGAAACUCAUCCACCGGCAUGUGAUGGACACCUCGCUGCUGUACAGGAGAGACUUUGGACAAAAGUUUAAGCUGAAGGUCCUGGCAGAGGUCGUACUGCAGAGACAGAUCCAAACAGGAGACCAGACGGGGCAUAAUCCCAUUGAGGAUGCGGUGGCAGCUCUGGAGCUGGCGCAGUAUUUUAUCAAAAUGGGGCCGAGUCAGGUCGUGGAGCGCCAUCGAGAGGAGCUGUGGGGAUACGCGAUAGUGGACGAGGUCGCCGACUGUGAGCCUGAAGCCAAACCGAGUCUCAGGUUCGUGGACGUGUUGCAGACUCUGGGCCGGUCCGUGUUCUACUUAGGGAAGCGCUCGGACGUCCCCCUGGAUCUGUCCAAUCAGCAGUGGCACAACUCGGACAAAGCGCUGUUGGCCUCCUUCAGGAGGCGGAGCCGCUGCCCGUCUCUCUCGGUGCUCAAGUUUUCCUCCCUCUCGGACCGCCCUCGUCCGGCGCCCCACAGGGACGGCCUUCGGGACAUGUGCGUCCUGUUCGCCGGGCCGCUGCCCGCGGGCGCCUCGGAGAGGGACGUGAGGCGGCUGUUUGGCUGCUGCGGAGCGGUCCGGAGCGUCAGACUGUUGAGCGCGGCCGCCAGGGUGCAUGCGGAGGUGGAGUUUGAGCUGCUGGAAGGAGCCGCGCUGGCUCUAAACGUGUUGAAUGGACUUCACGUACAUGGACAGCCCAUCAAGGUGCAGAGGCCCGUCAACGAGUCGAUGCUGGACCUGGACCUAACCCUGGACGCUUUGGUGCACGACGCCACCAACACCAGCCGCCUCUACGCCGUUCGGUCCCGCCGCCACUCUUCCACGGGGGUCAAUGGCCUCGCGACCCACGCAGAACUUCCCGGGGUCCCUUCGGUCACAGCGGCGAAGGUGAACGGCACGUCGCAGCUGAAGCGACUGUCCGAGGAGGCGAUCAGCGAGACCUUCGGUCGCUUCGGCUCGGUGGACAGAGUCGUCCUGGGCGCCGGAUGUGGAAAACGCGCGAGGCACGCGUACAUAAAGUUCGAGGGUCCGGCGGAGAAGGAGGCGGCACUCGGCUCCUCCGAGGACCUCCGGAAGGAAAACUACCUGGUCUGUCCGUCCCUGACGCCGCCGCACUUACCCUCCUGGGUCGCUACGACAACGAGCAGCGCAGCGGAUACCGGCGGGGAGGAGGGGCCCCGCGGAUCGCAGGACCAGGAAAUGGAUCUCAAGUUGGGGAAGUUGGACCGCCGCCUGAGGAAGCUCCUCAGAUCUCUCCCAGAAGGCACCUUGUCCGUGGUCGUGCUGCCCGGAGACGCCAGCGCUCGGGGCCUCCGCCCUGGUUUGUGCCUGAUGGAGGUGAAACGGGGAUGAACCUGCACUCAGCAGCUGCCUUACGUUCCAGUGGAAGAAGAACAGACGUGUAGAAGCAAAUUCAGUACCUGUAAAUAAUAUUGGCGCCCUGGAAAUAAUAAAAUGCUUUUAAUGGGAACUUUACAGAAUCAGUUUGAGUGCAAUCGUGGUCGGACUUUUAGUUAAUUGGUCUGAAGGCGUUUUAGGUGACAUUUGUUCUGGUGGAAGAUUCUGGAAGUGACUGAAGCCAAAGACAGUAUCACAUGUGCAGAGAAUGGACAGUGUUUACUUAAACAUAAUUCAUCCCUUUUUAUUAAAUUAAAUUUUAUUAACCAUCAA